AUGUUUGCGCGGUCGACCACGAACGACGAGGAACGACAGGCCACGAUUGCAGACUCAGAAGAGCCUGAGAUGCGCAGUGCGAUGAAAUCAAAUCGAGACGCGAGCCCACCGGCACUCCAGAUUCCAUAUGACCUUGGGGAGACCAAGGGUUCUUUAAAGCUCAGGUUUACCACCAGGCUCUGGCCUUUGUCGUUGUUUUUUAAUGAGCGUACGUUGCCAACCGAUGCGCAGCAAUUAUGCUUCAUCUGCAUUCGAGGGAAAGAAGAAGAUUACGCCGUUCAAAUACCAUGUUUCCGACCAGACGGACGUCGCGUCCGUAAGGAGAUCAAACAGGAGAAUGGGAGCAUUAGCCAAAUGACCGACUCGAUCAAGGACGCCAAAUUUGAGAGUGAUUCUACUAUCUACACCAAGAUUGUUGACAUGUGCUACCAAGAGCAUGGCAAGUGGAAAAGAUGGUUACCAUUCUAUGGUGUCGUUGAUGCUCGUGAGGUCGAGUUCCGCUAUCUGGGAGGGACUGAGAGUGCCAAUCAGUUUCGAGUGGAGAUUUUGCCGCUAGAUCUUGAUGACAUACAAAACUCCAUCGACAAAAAGUUCGCGAUGCUGCCUUCGAAGCUCGAUUAUUACAAUGAUAACUGUUGCGAACCAGAAAGGAACUUACACGCCCAGGAAUGCUCUUCAAUAUUUGAGGCUGAUAGUUGUAUCGAGUUACAAGGCGUUGAAGCCUCAAGACGAGAAAACAACUUGCUCAAGGUUGGUCUGAUCAGAGACUGUGCCAGAGACCCAGCAAAAGCUGUUCGCAAAGACUACAACACGUUGGACGGCUUAGCCUUGUCUAGAAGUGUCAUACUCAAAGACUAUAAUCCUGAUCCUAAUCAAAAGGUACCGGCAAUUGAGAUUGUCUUAGGAUGGCAGAUCGAUCGUAUCAUUGGUGAAAUGCCAGUCCACAUGACACAGGCUUGGGUCAUCAUAGCCAUCAUCUGGAUCGGGGUUACUGUAGGUGGGCUGGCCGGGGACUGGAGUGUCUCGACGGCACUUGGACAGCUACUUGCGGCAUCAGUGGCUUUAAUUCUCACUCUCACGGUAGAUCAAGCUCAUACUCGUAAGACUAGGGAUGGGAAAACUGGCACAGGUAAUAAGCGGAAGUCCUAG